AUGACCCAGAGACUCUCGCUGCUUCAGUGCAGCAUUCUUUUGAUGCUCGCCACGAUCUCUUACGUUUGGGCUUCUCCCAUUGCUUCUCAACCCUUUGCCGACCUCGCCACCAAACGUGAACAGGGCAGUGGCAGCAAUGACGACCUCAUUGUCGACCUCGGCUACUCCAAGUACAUGGGGACCUUCAACCAGACCACCCACAUCAGAUCGUGGAAAGGCAUUCGCUUCGCCGCUCCUCCCACCGGUAAACUUCGAUGGCAAGCUCCUCAGCCUCCGACGCUCAACCGCACGACCGUCGUUGACGCUGUCCAGUACGGCUCACAAUGCCCCCAGAUCCCCUUUGGCAAUCCCAACUUCGUCACCAGCGUCCAGUAUCAAAGCGACGAUGAGGACUGCCUAUUUCUCAACGUCUUCGCACCCCAGAAUGCUUCCAACUUGCCCGUCAUGUUCUGGAUCCAUGGUGGUGGAUAUGGUUCAGGUAACGGACAAUACGACUUCACCCAGCUCAUCAACGCUAACGGCAAUAACUUUGUUGGUGUUGCCAUUCAGUACCGUCUGGGCGCCUUUGGCUUCCUUGCUUCCGAUGAGCUCAGCCGUCACGGUGUGGUCAAUGCUGGUAUUCGUGACCAGCACUUUGCCAUGCAGUGGGUACAAGCCUACAUUAGCCAGUUUGGUGGUGAUCCGCGCAACGUUACCAUUGCCGGUGAAUCCGCUGGAGGCGGAUCUGUCAUGAUUCACUCCCUUGCUCAGGGCGGCUCGCUCGGCACCUCUCUCUUCAAGAACGUCAUCGCUGCUAGCCCCUACCUACCUUUUCAGUAUGGUUAUAAAGACUUUGAGCCUUCCCAGUCCUACUAUGCCUUUUCCGCCGCAGCUGGUUGCUUCGAUGCCGUUGCGUACGGCCACACGAGCCAAAGCAUCAUCCAGUGUCUGGUCCACAAGGAUGCUAAGACGCUCCAGCAGGCCAACGUCAAGACCGCCGCAAGCAGCUUGUAUGGUACCUGGCCAUUCCUUCCUGUCACCGAUGGCGCCUACAUCCUCGACGUGCCCUCGCGGCAACUCGCCCAGAGAAAGGUCAAUGGGAUGCGCCUCUUCGUUGGCAACAACGGAGCGGAAGGUGCACUCUUUGUUCAACGAAGCAUGGACACAGAGGUAAAGCUUAGAGGUUGGCUCAGCACUUUGCUCCCGCUCUUGACUGGGGAGGACAUCGACAAAGUCUUGUUACACUAUCCUGUCAAUCUCAACGUCACCGGCAGCUAUGCUACCAAUGGCGUCGGGAUGCCCGAUGCCAACAGCAUUUCGUCUGUGGCACAUGGUCAGCAGGCACGAGCAGAUAACAUCUAUGGAGAACUUACCUUCGUCUGUCCAAGCUACUGGUUUUCGCAAGCAUACUCUGGAUCCGGCCGUCUAUCGUUCCGCUACCAGUACAGCGUGCCACCCGCACUCCACGGCAACGAUGUCGUCCAGUACUUCGGACCCGGUACCAACCUCACCUCACCGGACUUUGUCAAGGCAUUCAUGAAAAUGGUUGGCAACUUUGUAACCAAGGGCAAUCCUUCCAUUUCCUCUAGCUUCGUCUACGGUACCAACAUCGAUAGCGACAAGUCCCCACCCAACGCCGCUGAGAACUGGCCCGUGUACUCGGCGGAAAAUCCGUAUCAGAUCAACCUCAACCAGACCGGUGGCACACCCAGCACUGUACCUGGCCUCGGUGUUGACGUCUCCAUCUUGACCGGACCCAGCCUGCGCAAUGAUUUUUCCAAGGUCAACGCCUACACUUGGGAAGGCGGACGAGGCACAAGGUGCGACUUUUGGAGAUCCAUCGCCGACAUCUUGCCAUCUUGA